GUGGUCGAUGGCUCGGGACUGGUGGAGGACCAGGCUGGCUGGGUGUAAGGCUGAGCACAUGCAGGGUCACGAGUCAGGUUGGUGUGUCGGUUUCAGCCGGGAAUGAGGGGGGUGUGGGUGGGAGGGAGAAAGAAAACGAAAGACUAGUUGUGAAAGAGAGACUGAUGGGUUGAGAAACGAGUGUUGGAGGAAUAGGAAGGAGAAGAGGAAGAGGUGCUGAGUGUUGAAGAUGAGGGACAGGUGGAGGACAACAGAAGACGGGGGGGGGACGAUGGGGGGAAGAAAGGGAAGUCUGAGCCGCAGUGAGGAGGAAACAACGAGGCGAAAGAAGGGAAGAGGAGGAAAAUGUAUUAUUACGAGUACGAAGAUACUUACUUUUUUACCUUUGCCGGUCGGGCGGGCAAAGAAGAGAAGCAGCCAAGCGGAAGAUGUCCAGCUGAAGUUCCAGACGCAACGGAAGGGUCAAGUGUCCGAUUCAAAAGGGAAACUGCAGGGACGAUCCCCAAAGAAUAGAACAGAGAGGGGAGAGAGAAAGGAAGAAAGGAAGAAUCACGGACAGACAGACGGACAGACAGACGGACAGACAGACAGACAAGCAGAUAGACAGACAGAAAAAGGAAUCCAACUGAAUGGGAGAGUUUCCACUGUUCCAGUGCUCUCUUCCCCACCGGACGGACACCACCGACAACAAAUGCGACCAAGAAAAAUAAAUAGCCUUAACCGGCGACAGUUAACGGUAUGAAGUUAAGUUAGCUGGAAUUGUGUUGGAUUAUCCAUUGAGGAGUAUCCCACCCUCAGUUCUAAAUUUGUGGUGCUUAAUCUCGCUGUUGACUCGCGCACGGGAACUUUUUAAUUAGAAUCUUAUGUUGUCUUAUGUCGCUCUAACACCUCUCAGGAGUUCUUGGUAUUCGAGCCACGGCAGGUCCAGUCUU